AUGCUCCAAGACGGGACUGCUCGGAUCGUGAUCAGCGGUGCUGGACAAGGGAUUGGUAGAGCGCUAGCACGACAUUUUGCUUCCAAGGGCCACAAGAUCUUCGUCCUCGAUGUCAACGAGGACAACAUCAAGCACACCGCGGAAGUCCAUCUGAAGGAAUACUUCGAGACCAACAAUGUCGGCUGGGCGGUCUGCGACCUGCGAUCGGUCGACUCGAUCCGUCAGACCGUUCGCAGCAAGGCUGCCGUCUUUCUAGACAACCAUAUUGACUUCCUCGUCAAUAAUGCGGGUAUCUCGAACCCGUACUGGGGUGACGGCAAGACCAUGGAGGAUGAGUCGGUUUUGGAACAGUGGCAGGCCUAUGUCGAGACGAAUCUAACAGGGACCUUCGUCAUGUCUCAGGCCUGUCUUCCGUACAUGAAGGUUGACCGGCAGGAGGAUAAGCAGAAAUUGCCCGGCUCGAAGGUCGGCACUGUAGGGCCUUGUAUCAUCCACAUCAGCAGCUUUCGAGCUCUGAUCUCUGAUCCGAACCAGGAAGGCUAUGCCAGCACAAAAGCGGCACUCCUAGGCCUAACACAAAGUAUGGCCGUCUCAAUGCAGUCGCUCGGCAUCCGCGUCAACCAGGUCUCGCCGGGACGGAUCAAAGCCACGCACGAGCAUCGAGAAGGAGAGGAGAAAGGCAGAGCUGAAUGGGGUAUGGGAGAAGACGAUGUCAAAGACCACCCGACGAACCGCGCCGGAGUUCCCGAGGAUAUCGCUGAGGCCGUCGAGUACCUCCUCGGCGCCGGAUUCGUCACUGGGCAGGAUUUGGUUGUUGAUGGAGGGGUUGGGAAGGUGAAGUAG